GAACACAAACGAGAUCUGCGUAAUCCAUGACGGUGCGAGGUAAAAAUACGGAAUUAAAAACUGCAUAUUUCUCGUCUUAAUAUAUAAUAAACAAUAAUGAGUCGUCGUGUUAGUGAUUACUCGUCUAAACGACCACGUGUGGAUGAUUAUUACGUUGAUGAAAAACGUGAAUACGACCGGAAAGAUUAUUCGUAUUCGGAAUAUUACCAAUAUGAUUAUAGAAGUUCUAAACGACCACGGACUGAUUAUAUAUAUGAUGGGUCAAGAUGUCAAGAAUAUCGGACGUUAUAUUUAUGCAAUUUAAAUAGUCAAAUCAAUGAAACUUAUUUAUCUGAUGCUUUGUAUCGAGAAUUUCGAAAGUUUGGUGACUUUAACAUGAGAGUGCUAACAGAUAAUGGGAAGAGAAUAGCAUAUCUUACAUUUAGAAAUCCAGAAGAUGCUAAGGACGCUAAGUAUGGGCGUCAAGGACACGAGGUAUGUGAGAGAAAGUUGCAAAUAACAGCCGUAUACGAAAGAGAUCGGCACUCGGAUUACUAUGAUAGGCGAUACUCUCCCCCUCCAACUUCUGAUCGGAGGUAUUCUAGGAGCUCUACUAGGUCUCGAGAAGCAAAAUUUCCUCAUCAUUUACAACAUAUUGCCCCAGAAGACGAUGAUAAAGCAACAAGGACGUUAUUCGUUGGUAAUUUAAGUGUAGAUAUUAACGAGGAUUUUUUAAGAGAUCUCUUUGAAAAAUACGGACAUGUUAUGGAUGUGGACGUUAAAAGACCAUCUCACGGUCAAGGAAAUGCUUAUGCUUUUGUUAAAUAUGAAAACUUAGAUAUGGCUCACAGUGCUAAAGUUAAUAUGUCGGGAAAACAAAUUGGACAAUUUCAAUGUAAAAUCGGAUACGGUAAACCCAAUCCGUCCAACUGUCUAUGGGUAGGGAAUUUGGGACCCAGUGUCAGGGAAGAUCAGCUAGAAAAGGAAUUUGACCGAUUCGGUGUCAUUCAUAGGAUUUUUUGGCCUUCUCAUAAAAGUCAUGCCUAUAUACUUUUUGAAAAUGUAGAUGCAGCCCAAGCUGCAAGAACCGAAAUGAGAGGCUGUGCAUUAGGAGGAAAAGAUUUUAGGUUAAGAAUAGACUUUGCAGAUUCAUCAGUCAUGGAUAUGGAUGAUAAAAAACCAGUACAAGUUAAUGAAGUAUCUGAAGAACCAUGCAAAACCGUAGACCAGUUGAUAGAUUCUACUAAACAAAUAUGGACUGGUACAUUAACUUUGAAGAAUUCUGUAUUUCCUGCCAAAAUGCAUUUGAUUCAGGGAAAUGAAGAAAUUGUGCUUAAGUUAGCUCCAAACAAUGAGCCGUUGAAAAUUACUCAGAGAUUGAGACUAGAUCGGAAUAAAGUCGCUGAUGUACAUAAGAAGUUAGAAGCAGCCGGUGAAGAGAAGAGUGCUGUACUAUUGGCCAUUCCCGAAGCCGAAGCGGGUACAGGCUCUGGGUCAGGAGAAGCAAUGACAAGACAAUUAUCAACUCUCAUCAAUUAUCUUCAUAGCAAAGAAGCUGCUGGUGUUGUUCCAUUGACAGACGGUAUAAUCCAUGCCUUUCCACCGUGUAAAUUUGCCAUGGAGUUUCUGAGAGCGAAUGGAGAGCGCAUAAAUGAAGAAAAACAACAGGAUGAUCAUAUGGUCGUAAUAAUUGUACAAAAUUAA